AUACCUGUUGCUUGUAAUGCACUGUACAGUAAGAAAUAUAAUUUGUCACAUAGUAUCGUGUACUGUUGUACGUUUCAGUCAUGUAUACUCAAAUGCACACUAUCACCGACGGGUUAAAAUGUUUACUCAGAACUUCAUGACUAAAAUAACAAACUUUUUAAGGUGUCUGCAUACAAAACUACAGGGCGUUUCCAUACGCGCUCCUCCACUCGUCGCCCAUCCUUCAAGAUGGGGUCAUCUAGUAUUGAGUGGGGUUCAAUGGGAAAUACCGAAAGGAGAUGAGAUAGCACUAACCUGUACAUCUAGAGAUCCGAGUGAGGAGUUCGAGACAGAUGCUCAACUGCUACAAAUUCUGGAUAAGGUGCGAAAGUGUCUCGAGAUCAGCUACAUUUCUACCAUCCUUGCAGAUUAGAAAAUGUUUCCCGAGUGCGUGCCAGCCCUGCACGAUCUCUGACUCUCUGACCGAAUACUGACAUGACCCUAGAUCGGAGCACUAAACUAUAGUAUUGUAUCAACAUUGUGUAGCCAGUCUCGAUGCCCUAAUGCACGUGGGAAAGCGCGCAUGCAUGAAAAAGUAAACCUCAAACUUUCUGCGCUCUCACUUUUCUCUGCGACCACUGCGAGCUCUGUCAAAUCUGUCAGAUCAGUCAGUGUCCUGUUCCAACAAUAUCAUCAAUUCAUCAUCAGCCUAGGAGCCGCAGUGAGUAGCAGUUGCUCCAAGAGUCCAGAGUACGAAGUCCCACGCCACCUAGGACGUUCGUUCUCUUAAAGCCUGUGAAAAGAGUGGAUGGAUUUCCAGACCUGAUGUUCCGGAUCUACUCACUCUAUUCCACAUAUCCAAAACACCAAACACGGCUAACACAGUAGACAGUCUUCAUCGAUCCAAUUACGUUGCAAAAGCAUAUAAGCUGCAUGAAAGUGGUGGAUCACAAGCUACUAGGACCCAUACUACAAGUCAUGCGUAUACCGUGUUCCAUUAGGUGCGUACGAGCGAGAAAGACAGAUUCUGACCAGCACAUCCGGCGGGCAUUGCUCUCGAGCAAGUCUCAAGCGAGGCACAGUGCAUGUAAUGCUGCAAGCCCAGUAGGCACGGGAGCCCAACCCGGGCCUUCAAUCGGCAGACCAAACCUCCCUUACCUCAUCGGAGAAUCACUUCGAUCCUCAUUUAUCACCUAGGUCAAACGCAGGUCUCGAUAACAAUCUAGUAUGUUUGUGCACAAAUAAGUAUAUUAUACAAUUCAGAACCUUGGGUCUUGCAAGGUCCUGCUGUUGACAUUUCGGCCUUCAUAGAGGACGCUGACUUUGUUCCUGCUGCCAACGUGCAGAGUCAACCAUUAAACUGACUACAUUCAGUGGUCGGUGUCUUCAAUUUCUCUGUUUACUCAUCGAUCCCUCGGCAUGCGAAGUUCUUGAGAGUAGUGGAAUGAUAUAACAAAAUUGCUUUAUGUUUUUACUAGAAGAAUAAGUCGUCAAUUUUAUGUUUCUGUCAGUGCGGUGGUCAGUACUGUUCGUUAAAGCUUCGUGAUGCAAUUGAGAGAGUUUGAGACAAACAAAAUCGCACUACUGACGGAAUCAGUGUCUGCUUUUGGACAUUGUCAAUCUUCUUUUUCUACAUGUUACUCUGUAUAACUCAGGCCACUCACGUCUGAUCCAAUCAUAUCCAAUCGAUCCCUCCUCUUUUCAUUCUCCACCGUCUUCGCUGAAGAGGUUAUUCUUUCACUAACAUCAGUCUCCGAAACGAAAGAGGUCUCGAGGAUAAGUGAUUAUUUCUUUAGUAUGUCAUGAACAUGCUGACAACGUUCUUCUCGAACAUUCCAUUCUCUGUCACCAGAUCAAAAGUAGCUCGCAUCUAGAUGAGUGAGAUGAAAAUGAAAGAAAACCGAUGAAGUUAGUAGCAAGUACGACCAGCACAGUUACCAGUGAAUCCAGGUUUAGUAGCCUGUACAGAAAUCAGGUUCAGAGAUGAGCUGCUGUUAGGCUCCUUCUCGUGCUGCAGUGCCGUGUAAACUUCUAUCUGUUAAGUUUCAUCUCACAUCAGUUCUAUUAGCCUUGUCGUGAACGCCCCCAGACAGCAUUGCGUCUCCUGCCGAUCCUACCUCGACGUUGUACGCGUUCGAAGACGGAGGACGCGACAACACCUUCUAUCAGCUGAAGUUUUGCACUAAGGAUUUGUGGUUUGUUACAGUUCUCCUUGCGAUGCGUUACAUUCGCAAAGUGGGUCGGUCACCUUUGCUCGACGCGGCGCAUUUGGAUUGACCGCUGGAUUUGAAUGAGAGAAAAAUUGAUCUCAAGACCUAGAACCUGGCAGAAAACCUAUUCCUUCGUCCAUCAUUCGAAGUGUAGAGGCAUUAGUUGAUCAUAUUCAUCUAGGUUCUGUCGAGAAAGGUGAGACAUUCCAUCUCUCAUGAUAAAUGACCCGUCAUCUGGACACUUUCUCUUCGGGAAUUAUGACUCUGAAUGAACCCUGAAGCAUGACAGCUUUUGAAACUUCGAAAAUCUCAACCCAUGUGAGCCCAGUACCUUUACUUCCGUUAAGUGUUGGUCAUUCACCUGGUUUGUGCUCGUUGCGCAUGUUCUCUACCAGGAUCAAUUAAACGGUUUUAAAACAACACUUCAAGUUCUGCCUCAUAGUGUAUGAGGUGGAUCAUAAACUGAAAUGAAAAUAAGUGAAAAUGAAUAAGGAGA